AUACAUACUACCCUAGGAAAUAUGUUUUUAACUGGAUUAAUGGUGAAAACCAAAGACUAAUUAGAAACUCUAGUCAGUCUUCUUUCCACACCCAUGCCACAGCACAAUUUGCCCAACAUCUUCUUAAUAGAAACUACCCCUCACAUGUAAUCAACAAUCAACUCAGAUUACACUCAUACGAUGAACGGAAUACUCUUUUGUACCCGGCACCCUCGUCUCAGAAAAAUGAUACUAUUAUCAAAAAAAUGUUCCUCCAUAACAUCCCUGGACGUGACAAACUUGAACAGUUUGGACGUAUGAUUCUACGAGAUAUCCAUACCCUCAAACCUGCCCGUUAUGAGAAUACACAAACCACAUGGAUAAUUUAUAAAGGCUCCAACCUGCGCAACCAGUUGAACACCUAUAAUAAAAAGAUUCUCCAAUCCGCCCCAAUAAGGAGUCGAUUGUAG